UGUCACUUCCUGCAUGUGAUCUGUGCAGCUCCUCCGGUGUCAGGAGGAUAAAAGAGGCUAAACCUGAAGAAUAAGGAAGCUGCUGCUGGUAGAAGAAGAAGACAACCGACUGUGAGGUUUUAAUUCUGCUGAAUAUGGAGGAGAAUCAGGAUGUUGUCAGUGUCGUCCCUGAAGAUGAGGGCAAAGACAAGUUCAAGAAAAGCGAGCAUGUUGCUUUUUACAGGCGACAGAUUCAGGGUCCAAACUUGCAGCAUCGAGCCCUUUUGGACACGAUGGCUCUCACUGAGACAGGAGCUCGUUUGGAAUUAUUGCAACCAGAAACACAGACCAGACUGCUGCUUUCUUUAUCGCCUUGUAAACGUGACACUGUGAGGAUAUUAAUAGAUGAACUGCAGCCCAUUAAAGCUCGAUACCGAGUUCCGGAUGUUCUAACCGAAGAGCUGCAGUGUGAACCGUUGAGAGUCGACCAGCAUACCAAAGACUCAGUCACUCUUUCCUGGUCUUCUGGACGUCACCAGGCCCGAGUUUGGCAUUUUCCUUUCCGUCUGGAGAUCCUGUGUGAGAACAAAGUCAUAGUUACGUUCAACGCUAAAGGAAAGCUGUGGUUUGAGGCGCUGCAGGAUCCUCCCAGUGUUUUUGUUCAGGAGGACGACUCGUUAUGGAAGGAGACGUUCAGACAGUUUGUGGAUAUAAAGGCUAAUGGCCCCAGCAGCAUCGGAGCGGAUCUUUGUCUUCACGGAUUCAGAAAUGUUUACGGUUUACCAGAACAUUCUGACGAUCUGCGGCUCAGAGACACGAGAGACAGUGAACCUUACCGACUGUACAACUUGGAUGUUUUCGCCUACGACCUCCACAGUCGUCUGGGCCUGUAUGGAUCUGUACCGCUGCUGGUGGCCCAUAAACCGGACAGAACUCUGGGAGUGUUUUGGCUCAACGCAUCCGAGACUUUUGUAAACGUACAGUAUUCACCCACUGAUAGGCAGAAAACUCCCCCGGCGAACAGGAGGAAGGUUCGUCCUCGGACCGACGUCCGCUGGAUGUCAGAGAGCGGCGUCAUCGACUGCACCGUUCUGCUCGGGCCAAAUCCUCAGCAGCUCUUCAGCCAGUUCGCUCAGCUGACAGGGUUUCAGGCCCUGCCUCCUCUGUUCGCCCUCGGGUAUCACCAGAGCCGCUGGAACUACGACGACGAGGCCGACGUGGAGGCUGUGGACGCCGGAUUCAAUCACCACGGCAUCCCGUAUGAUGUCAUCUGGCUGGACAUCGAGCACACGGACGGGAAGCGAUACUUCACCUGGGACCCCGUUUGUUUUCCUGAACCGACCCGACUGCAGCGUCGCCUGGAGCAGAAGAAGAGGAAGUUGGUGGUUAUAAAUGACCCUCAUAUCAAGGUGGAUCCUGAUUGGUCGCUCUACUGCGAGGCCAGAGAUGGAGGACAUUUUGUUAAAGACAGAGAAGGACAGAUUUAUAGAGGAACAUGCUGGCCAGGUGACUCCUCUUAUCUGGAUUUCAGCAGCCCAGAAACUCGAUCCUGGUACUCCGGGUGCUUCAGCUUGGAUAAAUACAAGGGAUCGACAUCGUCCUUACAUGUGUGGAACGACAUGAACGAACCGUCUGUGUUUAACGGACCUGAGCAGACGAUGCCGAAGGACGCAGUGCAUUCUGGGGGCUGGGAGCACCGCGACCUACACAACCUGUACGGGUUUUACCAGCACAAGGCCACAGUGGAGGGUCUGAUAACUCGCUCUGGAGGCUCAGAAAGACCUUUUGUUCUUUCACGUUCCUUCUUUGCCGGGUCACAGAAAUUUGGAGCGAUAUGGACGGGAGACAACGUGGCCAGCUGGGAAUAUCUGAAGAUCUCUCUUCCGAUGCUUCUGUCUCUGAGCUUGGCAGGAAUCGCCUUCUGUGGAGCUGAUGUCGGAGGGUUUUUUCAGGAUCCAGAGCCGGAGUUGUUGGUUCGUUGGUACCAGGCAGCCGCCCUGCAGCCGUUUUUCAGAGGUCAUUCAGCCAAGAUGAUGAAGCGUCGAGAGCCAUGGCUGUUUGGAGAAGAAGUUACAGCCGCGAUCCGUACUGCAAUCCAGCAAAGGUACUGUUUGCUGCUCUACUGGUACACAUUGUUCCAUCAGGCUCAUACUGCUGGUUUACCUCCACUCAGACCUCUGUGGGUGGAGUUCCCCAGAGAGCAUAACACCUUCACCGUGGACCACCAGUACAUGAUCGGAGGAGCGCUGCUGGUUUGUCCUGUAACAGAACCAGGUGUUCAAGAAGUCGAAGUUUUACUUCCUGGAUCUGGUGAGAUUUGGUAUAACGUUCAUUCUGCAGCGGCAUACAGAGGAGGAAGAACUCUGAGUCUUCCAGUCACUCUGAACACAGUUCCAGUGUUCCAGCGUGGUGGAUCAGUGAUCUGCAGAUCAGAAGGACAUUUCUCCUGCACAGCUGAUCUCCAGCGGCUCCCCAUCUCCAUCACUGUGGCUUUAAAUAAUCAGGGCGUCGCUGCUGGUGAGUUGUACCUGGACGACUUCCACUCCUUCAGAUACCGAGAUGCCAAGUCCUUCUGUCUGCGCAGGUUUGACAUGCGGUCCGGCUGGCUGUUCUGCCGUGCUGCCGGUGGAGAAGGAACGUUUGACUGCGACACCGUGGUUCAGUCGGUUACUGUUCUGGGAGUAAAGACCAAACCGUCCGCUGUGACUGUGCAUGUGCCAGGUACUGAGGCCUUGUCUACUGGAUUUCAGUUCAUAGAAACCUGCUGCAUGUUGCUGCUCAGCAGCCUGAAGCUCAGAGUGAUGACGGACUGGGAGAUACGCAUCAGUUAACUGGGAAUAUGGAAUAUGGUUUUUGUUAAUCAUGUGACAAGAGCACUGGGUAAAAGUCAUCACUAAUUGCACUAACUGGAAAGUACAGCCACGUGGUGCUGACAAAUCCCUCCACAGAUUUCUGCUUUUUUUGUGGAGGGAAGUUUGAUGAUCAAUUCAAAAUCAGGCACAUUUUAUUUAAUUUUUUUUUUCUAUCGACUCGUGCACCAUUUUUUCCAAAUGCCCACAUCUGUUGUUAAAACGAGAAAGAAGAAGUUGCCUCAUGCUUGUAACUUGUUAUUGUGCUUUGUUUAUGGUUAUUGUACUUGUAGCUGCCAUCUUGAUUUGUUUCAUGAUUUGAAUGCCUGCAAACUGCUUUCUCAUCAUUACCUGCCCUCCUAUAUGAUGUGAAGGCCAAAUGUCACUAGUACAGACUGCAUAUAAAAGAUGGACAAAACUACCAUCCUGAACCCUCCAGUUUGGCAUUUGAUUGUCAUCAUUUUGGUCUUUUGAAACCUGAUGUAACAUAGGAGUGAUGGAGCUGACUGAGAACUUGACAUGCAAAGCAAUCACAAGGUGGCCCAGCCCUAAAACAUACCCUGAUUUAUUGUCUAUCUUCCUCUAUAUAGAACCAAAAUUUACUAAAUUAGAAUUACAUUGUAUUAAAGGAGGCUUUAAUCUAUCAGUUGAGUCCAUAAACUCAUUAGGAACAUGUUUAGUGAGGUAGCAAAUCAAGUCAGAAGUUGGAUCAUUUUCUCAUACACUUCUAGAUAAUUUGACUUAUUUUGCAACCAGAGAAAGCUCCCCCUGCUGGCUGUUAGAAAGAUUACAGGUUUAAGGCACUUCCAUGUUCGCUUCAUUGGAGUCUACCUACAUCUUCUAUAUAUACACUACUGUUCAAAAGUUUGGGGUCACUUAGAAAUGUCCUUAUUUUUGAAAGAACAGCAGUGAUAAACCAGGACAUAGAACUAAAGUCAGGAAAAACUAUUCAAAUCUAUGCCAAAUUUUGAUUUAUAGUGGAUUUUUAUUUGAACAGUUGGUUUCUUCUAGCUGGAAAUAACAGUCACACAUUGUGUAAGGUGAUGAAUUUUAACUAUUUCUUUGCUUUUCGAGCUUAACUAAUAGUUUAGCUUCUAUCUCUUCACCUAUCUACACCUGAAAACAACAUAGGAGGUGUGUUUUGAAGAGUAAAAACAGGUUUAACGCUGGAAGAAAAGCAAAAAUAUGCACAGUACUGUGACUGGGGUCAUUUAGAAAUGUCCAUAUUUUUGAAAGAAAAUCUUUUUUUUUUUUCAAUGAAGAUAGCAUUAAACGAAUCAUAAAUCCAGUCUAGACAUUGUUAAUGUGGUUAAUGACUAUUCUAGCUGGAAACGGCUGAUUUUUAAUGGAAUAUAUCCAUAGAGGUUCAGAGGAACAUUUCCAGCAACCAUCACUCCUGUGUUCUAAUGCUACAUUGUGUUAACUAAUGGUGUUGAAAGGAUAAUUGAUGAUUAGAAAACCCUUGUGCAGUUAUGUUAGCGCCACUGUUCCCUCUAAGCUGCGCGCUUGCGCAAUUGCGCACUGCUGACACGGUCUCCGCGCACAGAAAAUCGCGCACAAAAAAAAAAUCCAACCUAAACUGUAAAUAAAAUAAACAAGUAACAAUUCA